GAAAGCGGCCACCUCGACGUGUAGGAACAUGUAGGCUAUCUGGCAAUGAGGGGGAGGCGAGAGGCAGGAAAGGAGCCCGGGAUUGAAGCGCAAACAAGCGGUAAGAGAGGCUGUCAGAGGCGGACAGAUGCCGGAGAGAGGAGCCCGCUGUAGGAGCCUGGAGGACGGGCACAGAGGGAGACAGCUCCCCGCUGCUGCUGCGGAGCGUUGAUGUCCAGAGGAGAAACAUCCAGCAGGAAACAAAUCUACACCGAAGAGAAAGCGGAAAUAAACGCCAGUGAGGACGGCAGAAAGUCAGGGAGAACUGGGAACUAUAGUCUCCACAACUCAGCCCUCGAAGACCUCAGUGGACGUUUCAAAUCUCUCUGUUCUUGGCCACCCAUGAGAGGCGGUGGAAGAUUAAAUCACAUGCUCCUUGAAGAGUGAUCACAACCAAACCUUCUGAGACCUCACUCUCAAGUAUUCGAGGAAGCCUUUGAAACCUUAAUGGAAGCUUAGAGCGGCACAAACUUUCCUGAGUUAUUCGCUUGUCCAGCUCAAGGGUAGUGUUUGACAGAGGAAGUAUUUGAUGCCGUUUUACUAAAGGCCUUCAUCGAGAGACCCAGCCACUGCCCACUGCAGGGUCUCAGAAGCCUUUGGGUGCCACUGAUCUGGAGAAGACUCUGGACGUGACGGAGGUGAUGGGCAACAAGAACAGCAGCUUGCCAAAAGGUUCAGACACUGCGCUUGAUCAAAAAGAGGAAGAGAUGUUCAUCGAGAGCACCACAGGAAGUGUCUCCAGAGAUGGAGCGCUGGGCCUCACCCCUGAGCUGCUGGCCUCCCUGCAGUCCCUCGGAGAAAACAGUGACUACACUCUGCUUCCAAACUCUCUGCACCAGAUUGCAGAGGCCUACUCACUCCAAGAAGACUACCAGUGGGCCAUUCAGUUCCUACAGCUUGAGAAGCUCUACCAUGAACGUCUGCUCUCCAACAUUGACGCCCUGCAGGAAAACUGGGAGAGCCGGUGGAGAGAGAGGAACCCUGAGAGUUUAACUGCAGAGACAGACGCCAUCAGUGUGAAACACAUCGAGACCCUGAGCCAGAUCUGCAGGACACAUCCCAGACCAUCCAUCAAUGUGGAGGAGAACAGUCUCAAUACAUUGCUGAGAGAAAUACAGAUCAAGCACCAGACACUACAAUCCUGUCAUGAUACAGUCGACAAUGCUGAAACAUCACACAAGGAUGGAGAACAAGAGCAGAACGUGAACUCAGGAUCAGUGCCAACCUCACCACAAACAGGCCGUGAGGAGGGAGGUGGGGAGGAGGAUGGAGAGGAAGACAAGGAGAUGUAUGAGGAAGGACAGGAAGUAGAGGAGGAGGAGGAGGGGCCAUGUGCGGAGACACCAGAGGAGGAUGAAGAGGUCAAGGUGGAGUGGCCAACAGGAGUCCCCCAGGCCUCGGACAAGGACCUGGCCAAGCUGUCCCACGCAGAAGGGAGUUCCUCCCCUGACGGUCUGGUCUCCAUUCUGAAGAGGAGGAGAGCGUCUCUGGAUGGACUCCCUCCCCCCAAUGACAUUGCUACUAAACAGAACUCCAAACGCAAAGUUCGCUUCAGUGAACCAGAGGACGGCAUCGAGCAAGAUGAGGUGGGUGGAGACUCCUGCCUGAUCCUCCUGCUGCUGUGUCUGGUUACCGUGGUGAUCAGUGUAGGUGGGACCGCUCUCUAUUGCACCCUGGUGGACACGUACUCGAACAUUUGCACCGACUUCACUCAGAACGUCAACUUCUACGUCAUGAACGUACGGAGGUUCUUCGAGGGGCUCGGUCACUGGCUGCCCCUCCGGACUUAACGCGGACGCUCGCAGACGUUGGUGCUGUAACAGACAGUGCGAGACACAGAGCGUGAGCACUGCACAGACAUUCAUGUGAGGCUGUCAUCCAGAGCGUUUCAAGUUCGAUUCCUUCCCCAAUCACUGGACUUGUGUCUGAGCAUAAGAGACUUGUACAUUUGACCAAACAGUCUGAGAUGUACAGUAUGUGUCAGUCAUCCGGUGCUCAAAGCAACACCAAACAGUAACAAACCAGAUCUCUUCACCUCAGAGGACGUGAGGAUGAGUACAUGUUGAUGAAGGUUGAAACAGCUUGUUUACUACAGUCUGAGUGGAAGCUUCAUCUUCAAACUGAACCUUACAAGAGGGCUCCCAACUCUCAGCCAUAUUUAUAUUUGAACACAAGUACUUUAUCUGUGUAGUAGUGUUUCCCUCAGAGUUUUUCUUCUUCUGGUGGUUUUAUUUGUACAGAGAGAAGCUGUCUUUGGCAUCAUUAGGAUCAUUAGUGUGUGUCGUUUGUUUGUACCAUUAACAGACCAUGGGAUUUUCGUUUGGAUUUCAUUCUGCCAUUACUGUCUGCUCUUUUGACCCAUCUCUGCUAAAUGUGUUCAUCAGACGCAUUAAUUUUUUUUUUUAAAACAUCAGAUUCUAAAUAUGAGCCUUCAUGAUCCUUUCACUGAAAAGGUGUUUACCUCAAUACAAGUGGCUACUCUUAACAUUCCUCUGAUCACCUGACAAAGAGUAUGAUAUGAAAUUAUAAAGGCAUAGUUAGGUCAGUGUCUUAUCAACAAAGCACAGCAUUAAGUGAAGUAACUUACAACAAAAUACAUCAUGAUUAGCAAUAUGCAAAACAGUAAUUCAACAGAUGCUCACUCACCCUGUGUUUAUAUUUUCAUCUUCAUCAUUUAGAGUGUGUUUCUAAAACUCCUGCUCAACAGUCGUCUCUUGCUGCGUGCUAUGAUAUGAGCAACUAUGAUAUUAAAAGCCCAAUGCAGUGAGAAAACGCAUUUUGAUUGUGUGCACACUGUGGACACUAAAUCUCAGAGAGCAUAAACAUCCAUGAAGGCUACUUUAUCGCUAUAUUGCAUCAUCUAUUGAGAUGUGAUACAUCUGCAUCAUUAUGUGGAUCUGCUGAUCAUGAUCCCAGAUAUUAGCUCUCUAUAUAUGCUUGAUUUUUCUUGAGGAAUUUACACAAAUGUCUAUACACUCCAUAUCUCUCAAUGUAAAAGAACAUUUAAAAUAACUCCUGGAUCCACAUGGAUGGAAUACACUGUAAAUGCUAUGGGGUCUUCUUUGGUACUCAUCCCACCCCUCCACCAGGUUUCAAGAAAAUCAGUUCUGUUGUUUUUGCGUAAUCUAGACAGAAAUUAAAUCCUGAUCUCCUUGGCGGAGGUAAUAAAAGGUCAGUGUAUAUCUUAGAUGAGCGUUAACAUUUAUUCAAAACUUUAUCUAAAUGACCCAGUGAGUUAUGAGCACAAGGUGUCUUUUAUAUGCACUGGGAGUUUAAUACCUGGUUUACAUAAGUUUUUAUUAUUUUUAUUUCCUGGUUUGCUCAAGUUACACAAAAGAAAAACAUUCAUUAUUUGAAUGGAUGCAAAAUGAAAAUUUCAGCAUGUGUUUUUUUGAACUGAUUUCUACUCUCCUUCAGAACUCCAGAUGUUUUCAAAGUAGUGAAUAUUACCUCUGUAUUGUCACUGUGUAUAUUGUUUACCAGCAAGUGUUGCAUUAUGCAAUACAUCUUUAUAUGUUUUAAUAUCUAUGUUCAGUUGUGUCCACAAGGGAAAUUUAAAAAUAUAUUCAGAUUUUCCAUUGUGUUUUCGGUUUUAAGGUUUGUUUUAACCUGGGCAUGGAAAAGACUCUCUCACAUCUGUAUUAAAUGAGUCUCAUUUAAUAAUAUGGCACCAAGUAGAGUGCAUUCCUCCACCAAGGCCAAACAACAGUCCCCUUAAGUUCAAUCAAAGUGCAUUAAAUUUCACUUCUCCAAACAUGCCUGGUUAUUUCCCAUCAACACCCAUGAAUCAUUCUCUGAGAAAUCACGAUGUUGAAAAACCUCCGAUCUAACAAUGUUAGAAGCAAAAUAAAAAGAAUCCUGUACAAAAUAUAAUAAACACAAACAAAUGCAGAAGAAAACCACCUCCAUGGCAGUGCUUAUCAUUAAGAUCGUUUUUACUAAAUAUUAAACUUUUGUUCUUGACACCAGAUUCCAAACGUGUAAAACCGACCUUUCCCCACAGGAGGCCGCUGUACACCUCAGAAUGAACGGCCAUUUUCUCUGCAGCCAGACCGAGCACAUGGUUGGUAAAGUUAUUAAAAGACUCGUCGCAACAUAUGAAACAUAAUUUACGUUCCGUAUACUUCAUCUGAUAAUGCAUUUUUGCAUUUUGCGAACGUUUUAGCAUCUGAUCGCCCCGAGGUUGUGAUGUUCAGUAAAUAG